AUGACCCUCCCGUGGAUAUACCCCGUCCGAAUCGUGCAAGCACUCUUUGGCGUGAUCGUGAUCGGCUUGACAGGAUAUGGUCCGUCGCUUCAGAACAAAAUUUCCAAAAAUAUUAAAAAAACUGACAAGUCUCUAGUGGUGUCAGAAUACUAUUAUGGAUGGUCAUAUUCGGAUACCGUCAACUUCCUCCUCUUCCUCGGUUGCUGGACCGCCUUUGUAGCGGUGCCCUACCUCGCCAUUUCACCCAUAUGGUUCCCUCGUCUUGCGCACCACUAUGUAAUUCCUGCCGUUGAGGUUAUUACCAUGAUCUUCUGGUUUGCUGGAUUUAUCGCUUUGGGAGCGAUGUUGCCUCCACCGAGGGCGUGUCAUGGGAGUGUAUGCAGCUCGCUCCAGGCAGCAACGGUAUUUGCGGCUUUUGAAUGGGUGCUUUUUGCAGUUACCAGCUAUUUUGGUAUUGUCGAUCUGAUGAACCACCGUCGUGGUGGAGAAGUGAAACCACAUUCGAAUGUGCGUAUGGGGGUUUGA